CACCUCUUCCGCCAGUUUGUCAAUAUCCUAAGCAUCAAAUCCUAUCUUGAAAAUGACGCUGUGCCAACGGACGUUGCUCCCGUCACUAUCCUGGAGAGAGUAUCGGUGUUUACUUAAGAAAUAGAGGUAUACCAGUACGCCGGGAUCACCUGAAGACAGCGGUUGGCUUGAAUUCUUCAGAGUUCCAACUUCACAUCGCUCGUUCUAUGUUUAUGUUUAAUGCGCAAGUCUGCAACAGAACUCACACCAAGGGCGGAGGCAAGGCGCCCGUCGUGCCCACGAAGCUACAGGAGAAGCUUCCUGUGAGCGUUGAGCGUGCGGUCUCUAACGCCAUUCACAGCACCGAUGACACUGGUGGCCUGCACCGAAAGCAGUAAAUGGUUGCUUAGGAUUGGUAAUGAGAUUGAAAGUCUUAGAAUUUC